UCCGGGGUCGCUCUAUUUGAACUCAUCAGUCACCCCAUCACAAUCACCCCAUUCUGCAAUAUCAUUCAUGUUUUGUGCUUGUUGGCGCUGGGUUUGCAGUUGCACUCUUCAAUUGCAUUCAGAGAGCCACUUGUAUAAUCAAUCGUUGCCUCGCGACUUCAGAAAUCCGAACGCAGUGCAAGACAACAACAAACCACUUCCUUUUAAAACCCACACGCUAACUAACCUAUAACUAAAAAAGAAAGAGCAGAAGAAGCGAAACCCCCAACCGUCAUCUUCAAUUGUUCAUCGUUUUUGUAGAACUUAGAUGCGCGCCUCCACCAUAAGAAAACUAUGCACCCUCAGCACCCUAUAUCGCUCUCACUCAGCAUGGAAAGCCAUGGCACUUGCCUCUUCCUCUUCCGUUUCCAUUUCUGAGCACAAUGCUUCUGAGUUCAACCAUUCUUCUAUGAGCCACAACCGUGUCCCUUCUCGAGGUGCAGAGGAUUCUCCUGAUGAUGAUAAUACGGCUUCCGAGGUUUCUUCUAUAGUGUACAGUCCAUCUCUGGCAGAGGAACCUGUUGUCGUGAAAGAGGAACCUGUUGUCGAAGAAGUUGACUAUCGCAAAGCAAAAAUGGAAAAAGUAGCAGAUUUAACGUGGUGUCCUAAUCUGUCUCCUGGCUACCUUUUGACUAAACGGAGGGGGUUAGCCCGUGAGAGGAAAAGCAAAUGGAUUUUUAAACUCAGCCAUGAUGUCCGUUUUGAUAGGUUAGUUAAAAUGUGUGCGAAAAGACUAGGAACAGGGACGACCCUUGAUGUGUUUCGUCAGCUGGGUCGAGAGACUGGUGUGAAAGAGUUCAAUGCAUUAAUAAAGAUGAGUAUACAGAAGGCAAGGACUACUGAUAAUGAAUACAUUGCCAUAGAAGAAUUGAGUAAGGCUUUUCACCUUUUAGAAAAUAUGAAGGAGUGCGGUUUUAAGCUAGAAGAGGAAACAUAUCAACCACUGCUUAGGUAUGUCAUAGACAUGGGCAUGGUUAAAGAGUUUCAACUUUUCUCUGAUGUGGUCAGAGCUGAGUGUUCAGUUUCACGGUUAGGUUACUAUGAAAUGUUGCUGUGGAUAAGAGUUGAAGAUGAAGAAAUGAUUCGGGAUAUUUGUGAAUAUAUUACCGUAGAAGAUGGCCAAGACACUGCUGCUAUGCGAGAAAAUUACUUAUUGGCUCUUUGUGAAAGUGAUCUGAAGUUCCAGAUUACAGAUGUGUUGAAAAAUAUAGACAUAACAAUGUUUUCAUCUGCAAAAUCUAUAGCAAGUGUAUUUCAAUCAUUAGGAAGGCUACAGUUGGAAUCUCUUGCCGAGAAUUUAUUUUUGGAUUUGAGAGCACAAGAUUUUGAUGAAGAUGAUAUUUCAGGCUUCAUUGCUGAUUUUGCUGUUAGCACUCCAAAUUUAGCGGUUGAAGAUAUCAUCUCAAAAUUCAAGAGUUUGCAUGAUCUAUUGGAAGUUUUACAUUCAUCGUCAUCAUAUGAAAAGCUGAUUAUGUAUUGCUGUGAUAUAGGCAAGGUUGAUGUUGCACUUGAUCUUGUUGAUAAUAUGUGUGAAGCAGGCUUUACAUUGUCAACUAGGAUGUUACAGUCCAUAUUACACAUUUGUGAGGAAACCUAUGAACAUAUUUUGGUAGGACAGAUUAAUUGCAACAGCUCUGCCUUUUUUCUCCCUUCGCAAUUCGUCCAUACUGUUUCAAUUGCUGUAGUUUACCGGAUCUAUUCUAUCAUACAGCGGUUCCAUUUGAAGUUGAAUGGUGAAAUAUGUAGGUGUUUGGUAAAUUUUUGCGUGAGGGUGAAAGAUUUUAAAGGUGCAUACAAGAUGGUUGAUGACUUGGAGAAAAUGAAUUUCAAACCUACUACCGCCAUGUACAAUGCUAUAAUGGCAGGAUAUUUUCGAGAGAAAAAUAUCAGUGGUGCUUUGAGGGUCCUCAAGCACAUGCAGGAUGCCAAUGUUAAUCCUGAUGUACAGACUUUCAGCUAUUUGAUUAGUAAUUGUGAAACAGAAGAGGAUAUAAUCAAGUAUCGUGAAGAAAUGGAGCAAUAUAAAAUCCCACUUGCAAAACCGAUUUUUAUGGCCCUUAUUAAUUCAUAUGCAGCUUGUGGCAAAUUGGAUAUGGCAAAACAGGUCAUUUUGGAUCCGAACAUACCAGCAAAAAGCUUAAAUGAAAUCAAGAGCGUCCUUGUCUCAGCUCUUGCAUCACAUGGGCAGUUGUCCGAGGCACUUUUAGUAUAUGAGGAGAUUAAUAAAGCUGGAUACAAUUUGGAACCAAAAGCUGUUAUAAGUCUUAUCGAAGAGUUCACCAAAUUCAAAGGAGAGUUGGAUGGGAUGCUUAUGCUACUUACAGAAUUGAGUGAUCUAGACUAUUGGGUCGAUGGCUGCUUCAGAGUUAUCAUAUAUUGUGUUCACAACAAGCAUCUAAGUUCUGCUAUUGACUUGUUCAAGAAACUCAAGGAUAAGUUUGAAAGUGAUGAACUAGUAUUGGAAGUUCUCUUUGAUGAAGUGUUUGCUGCAAUUGCAACAUCCGAGUCCUCAAAUUUGCAGAUUGGUUUAGACUUGCUUUGGGCAGUCAAGAACGAGCUUGGUCUCGUGCCUUCACGGCAAUGUCUUGAUUUUCUUCUAAGUGCCUGCACCAAUGCUGGAGAUUUGAGUAAUGCUCGUUUGAUUUGGAGAGAAUAUGAGGUUGCUGGAUUUCCAUACAAUGUGCUAAGUUAUUUGAGGAUGUAUCAAGCACUUUUGGCAUCGGGAGAUUAUAGAUCUGCUAACUUUAUGCUAAGUAAAAUUCCGAAAGAUGACAGCGAGGUAUCUGCUAUCAUCAAAGCCUGUCAAGAAACAUACUCUGGUCUUUCCUCUGUGGCAAAGAAGAAAACGAAAGUAACAAAAAAGAAAGAAAAACGAGAGGCUUGAGUUCUCUUUCUAAGAUAAUUUUUAUGUAUUGGUUAAGAAAUGCUCGUCAGAAGGGUGGUGCAUUUCUUGUUAAUUUAGUUACAUCAAAUCAUGCUGAUAUUGUCCAUGCUUAGCUUGCAUCAGAUUCAGAAUGGUUUGAUUGGGUUCUCAUGUAUCCCAAGUUUCCAUGGUUAAACCAACCCCAUAUGAUUACCUUUUCAGUUUCAGCUUGAAAAGGUGGUUACUGCGCUACAAAGGAUGAAAGCUUAACAUCCAUGACCAUGUCUUGCACAGAAUUGGAACUCUGAUCCCCCAUCAUAGUUGAAGUUCUGUUUUUCAUCUAAAGAAAGAAUAUGAAAGCUGAAGGCACCUUAUUUUCCCAAGUAUCACCAGUUUAGACUUUAGAUCACUUGUAAUUCUUUAAUACCUUCUGGUGACGGAAUGUUCAAGAAGUCACUAUUAUUCUAACCAUUUAUUAUUAUUCUGCUUAUAUUUUACUAACGAAACAUUUCUAGUAAUAUUCCAGAAAUAUAACUGAUCAAAUAGACUAUGACCCUUGGUA